CGUCAUCAGCGCCUUCUUUAAGCGGCCGCAACCGACCUGCGGACAGUGAGCGUGUCGGCGCGCAGAGACAUGGACGCGAGGACGCGGAGUGCAGAACUGACCCGCUGACCGUGUAUUCCUGAGACAGGCACAGCGAUGCUGGGAACUACAUCAAACUCGCAGAUCUGACAGAUUAUCGCCUCCCCACUCUGAACACUCACAGGAACCUGUUUGCCAGGUGUCAGCGCGCCUUUCUUUUUGGUAACUUGAGGACGUCUGCUGUUUUGCUCUCAUUGCGCUGAUCUUGAUCAUUACCUCCAUGCCACAGAACAGGACAAGAUUAUAACUCCCUCUUGGAUUUAAAAAAUUACAAUUUAACUGCGUAUCCGCUCCAAACUCCUCUGUACACGCGGAAACUGCGCACGGACAUGGCGCAACGGUAUGAUGAGCUGACUCAUUACGGGGGCGCGAUGGACGGAGUCGGAGUUCCCACCUCCAUGUACGGAGACCCGCACGCGCCCCGGCCUCUGCCCCAGGUCCACCACCUCAAUCACGGAGCUUCCCCACACCCGACGCAGCACUAUGGAGCCCACGCUCCGCACAACAUCAUGCCCGGCAGCAUGGGCAGCUCCGUCAGCGACGCACUGAAGAGAGACAAGGACCAAAUCUACGGCCACCCUUUAUUCCCUCUGCUGGCUCUGGUGUUCGAGAAGUGCGAGCUGGCGACCUGCACGCCCCGAGAGCCCGGAGUAGCGGGAGGAGACGUCUGCUCCUCCGAUUCCUUCAACGAAGACAUCGCCGUGUUUGCCAAACAGAUCCGCGCAGAGAAACCUUUAUUCUCGUCCAACCCGGAGCUGGAUAACCUGAUGAUUCAAGCGAUUCAAGUCCUGCGGUUCCAUCUCCUGGAAUUAGAAAAGGUUCAUGAGCUCUGUGAUAACUUCUGCCACCGGUACAUCAGCUGCCUGAAAGGAAAAAUGCCCAUCGACCUGGUCAUAGAGGAGAGAGACGUCUGCAAGUCGGACUUUGACGACCUGUCAGGAUCCUCCACUAACCUUGCAGAUCAUAACCCAGCAUCCUGGAGAGACAUGGAUGAUUCCCAUUCCACACCCUCUGUAGGCACUCCAGGACCAUCCAGCGGGGGACACGUUUCCCAGAGUGGAGACAACACCAGUGAACUCGGUGAUGGCCUUGACAACAGCCUGGCAUCACCCGGCACAGGAGAUGAGGAUGACCAAGACAAGAAGAGACAGAAGAAACGAGGCAUCUUCCCCAAAGUGGCCACAAAUAUAAUGAGAGCUUGGCUAUUCCAGCACCUUACGCACCCAUACCCGUCAGAGGAACAGAAAAAGCAGCUAGCACAGGACACAGGUCUCACCAUCCUUCAAGUGAACAACUGGUUUAUCAAUGCAAGGAGGAGAAUAGUCCAGCCUAUGAUUGACCAGUCCAACAGAGCAGUAAGUCAGGGUACAGCUUACAGUCCAGAUGGCCAGCCAAUGGGAGGCUUUGUUCUUGAUGGGCAGCAGCACAUGGGUCUGCGACCUGGCGGGCCAAUAGGUAGCAUGGGGAUGAAUAUGGGGAUGGAUGGGCAGUGGCACUACAUGUAAAUUCACUCCACUGAGGCAAUCCUGAACAACAGGGUGAAGCCUCCACGGUUGGCUCAGGGAUCUCCUUCCUUCUGGCUGCGCAGCUCAGCCGACAAGUCACACUUCUGACCUACACCCACUCCACCUCCCGCUGCGCCUGUGGAGGAUCACCGCGGAAACGCCUCACAGCUCAGCCCACGAACCAUCCGCAGAGUUUCGAUGUGAUCUGAGGAGCUCUGCGUCUGCACGGGAAAUAAGAGCAAGGACUUUACAGUGAAGAGACGAAGCACCAAACAUUAUCUCCAUUUCCUUUUAAAUUAUUUAUUUAUUUUUCUACAAAGACAGACCUCUUUCUCCGUGUUUUUUAAUUUACACACACACACACACACACACACACACACACACACACACACACCUUGAUGAGACACAAAGAUCACUGUGGAGUGUGUUUCUGCUGAGAAACUGGAACUCACUGCGGGACCGUGUUGGUUGUGCUGUAGAGAUUUGUGCUCUUUAUUUGGCUGUUUUUGUCCAUGUUUGUGAUCUUUAGACGUUAGACUGCAGCUUUAACACUGACAUGUUUUUGUAGCCAAACUAAAAGAAAGAUUUUGUAAGAAAAACGCGUGAUUGUUUGUUUCUGCAUCUUUUUCUUCUGUUUGAUCUCUCAUCGCUUUCUUAGAGUCUGGAGUGGAGGGUCUGGCUGAGGGAGAGUGAGCUGAUGGCACAGUUCCGUUUCUCAUAAUGUUUGAAAUCGUUUUGUAGCACAAAUCACAGAACAAACUGCACUAAAACCUAAAUAAAGAUUUUACCGAGGAAAGCAAAA